AUGUCGGAAGAUUCGCAUCCACAGCCACAGCAGCAGCACCACCACCAGGGUUUCUUCGAUCGGAUCCUCCACCCGGAACACCAUCACCAAGACCAGGAACAACGCCAGGACCACCCUGAGUCUCGGGGAAACGAGGCCCCCGAAAAGGAGAGCGAACUCGACAAAAUCAGGGAUGACAUCAAGGAAGAUCAGGAAGAGGUGGCCGAGGGCGAUAUUUAUGCAGGCUUGAUGUGA